AGCUGAGAUGCAGCCACUUCUGGGGCGGGGCGGCUGGGGAAGAUCCACACAUAACGCCUCACGGGGAGGGCUCCCCCCACUGGGAUUGAGCUCGGAUGCCUGGGUUCCCACCCUGACUCUUGCGGGUCAGAGCUGGAGUGGGGCUUGGGUUUACCCCACCUCCUAGCAACUGGGAAGCACCCCCCACAUUGCCCCACGCGGGGCGGGGCUCACUGAGGUGCUUUCUGUCUCUCUCCUGCUGUGUCCUUCUGACACUUUUGUCUUCCCUUCCUUCAUUUUUUUGACCUCCUGGGGUUCGGCCCCGGAUGCCGGGGUUCCCCCUUCCUCUCUUCCCCUGCCCCCUUCCUUCCUUUCUUUCAUUCCUUCUCCCUGUUUCCCAUCCUUGCUUCCUCCGUUGGUUCCUGUUUCCAUCCGUUCAUCGCUUCUCUCCUUUGUUCUUCUUUCCCGUCCGUCUCUCGUUCCUUCCCUCUGUCUUUCCGCUGCCCCGGCUUCCUCCUUCGUCUGCCAUUGCCUCGCUCCUCCCUCCCUCCCCCUUUCUUGGCUUGUUUCUUUGCUGGUUCUGUCCCUCCCCUGCCCGGCGCAGGCAGCCGUGGCUGGGGGGCGCCCGGCUCUACCGGCACCGCUGGGACGAUGGCUAUGGGGGGUCCCUGCCGUUGCCCCACCGACGCCUCUCCAACGCCCACCCGGAUGGGGGGCCGGGGGGCCGCCUGGCCAAGCGCCGUCGCCUCCUGCCCCCCACGCCCGCAGGCCGGAAGCCCCCCUUCCUCAUGCAGUGUUUGCAGCGGCAGGGCAGCUGUGAGGACAUGCCCAUCCCGGGCACCUACCACCAGAACGCCCCGGCCCGGCGCCACCCCCCCCAGGGCUACAGCAGCGCUCCCUCCUGGCACAGCACCAGCCGCCCCCCAGGGGACUCCUCGCAGGCCUGGGCCGCGCCCCCCAAGCGGGGCCGGCUACUCUACGCCCCCCUGCUGCUGGUGGAGGAGGGGGGGCUGACGGUCCGGGGCUGGGGGGAGAAGAGCAGCAGCCGCAGCCUCCCGCCCCCCUCCCGCGCCCGCUGGGGGGCCCACGAGCCGGACCUGCCCUGGCCCCCCUAUGCCCAUCUCCACGUGCCCAGUCCCGGCUACCACGACCAGCGGGGCAGCGCUGACAGCCUGGUGGAAGCCGUGCUGGUCUCGGAGGGUCUGGGGCUCUAUGCCCGGGACCCCAAGUUCGUGGCCUUCGCCAAGCGGGAGAUCGCCGACGCCUGUCACAUGAGCAUCGCCGAGAUGGAGAGCGCCGCCUCCGACCUGCUGAGCCGCGGGCGGGGGCCCGGGGGCCACGGGGGCCCCCUGGGCAGCGAGGGGGAAGGGGCCGGGGGGCCGGGGGGGCCCCUGUACAGCGACGAGGAGCCCCGCUCGCGGGCCGAGGACGAGCUGGCCGACGAGAUGGUCUGCGUGGCCUCGUAUUGACCAGGGCCGGGGGGCGCGAGGACCCCCUGGAGGAGACCCCCAGUAGGGCGGGGAGCUGUGGGAGAGGGACCCCCCGCUGGGGGUG